CUAUCUCGAGUGGAAAGAUACAGAAAGCCAGUUGGUUUAUCUUUGGGUAUGUUUUGUGUCUGCAUAUACCUGCGCUGGAACGUGUUAAAUUCGGACACUUUUCUAUCUAAAGUUUUAGUCGGAAAUGGGGCAAAUAGCCAAUGAGUAGUUUGCUGCGAACAAGCUCUAAAAUGCUGUGAUGGUUGGUCUACUCUACAGGCUGUUCCGCACCAUUUCAAAAAAAUCACCGUGUCAGUUUCAUCUUUCUUAUGUAAAGUAGCUGUCUUUGAAGGCGGAUCUUUUGGCAGGUUAGCCCAGGACAGUUGCAACGACAAGCUCAAACGAGAAAUGCCACCAACCAGUCCAAACUGAAUAGGUCUGUCUCUGGAGUGGUUAGUUAGGAAUAGACCUCAACUCUGUUUUAGUUAAUUAGGUUACUACACCGUUUGCGUGGAUUUAUCGUACGCAUUUAGGCUACUCAAACGCGGUGCAAGAGGAAGAGCAAUUUAGUUGAGUUGGUAAAUGACAGACUGGUUCCAUUCGCGCUGCAGGACCGCAUUUUAAUGUCUAUGUGCAGGACAGAGACAGGAGGAUUCCGACCUGACGUUGUUGAAACCGAGGAGUACUGUCCCUUAACGCACUUUUAGAAGCUCUGGAACGUUUGUUUGGAUCGGAACACUUUUUAUCCAAUUAGAAAAAGAACCAAGGCAGACCAAAAAAAUUGUGCAACGGACUAGGCACAACUACAGUAAAUGCAUUUAAUCUCUUAACAUGUUGGAUUUUUCUGGAACAAAUUGAUACACUUCAAAACAUGGACAUUAUGGUUCAAAGAGGAGAGACUAUGCAUUCCACUGCUAAACUGAGCCUUAUCAAUGUGCUACUGGUCUGUCUGAGUGGUGGCUGCUCAGCCAUCAGCUCCAUAGACCCAGAUCGGCCGGGUGAAGGGAGAUGUCAACAGAUUGUCAUCCCCCUAUGUAAGGACAUUGGCUACAACAUGACAAGGAUGCCCAAUCUGAUGGGCCACGAGGACCAGAAUGAGGCAGCUAUCAAGCUACAUGAGUUUGCCCCUCUCAUAGGGUUUGGAUGCCACACUCACCUCAAGUUUUUUCUCUGUUCACUGUAUGCACCUAUGUGCACGGAGCAGGUAUCCACCCCAAUCCCUGCCUGCAGAGUGAUGUGUGAGCAGGCCAGGCAAAAGUGCUCCCCUAUCAUGGAGCAGUUCAACUUCCGCUGGCCUGACUCCCUGGACUGCUCCAGACUACCUACUAAAAAUGACCCCAACAACCUCUGCAUGGAGGCCCCCAACAACGGCUCAGACGAGCCCCCCAAAGGCUCCCACACCCAGCGUCCUGACUUCAGACUUCAGCGGCCCAUGAAGGAGACGGAGAGCAAGGAGACCUGCAGUAACCCAGGCAAGUUCCACUAUGUGCAGAAGAGUGAGUCCUGCGCCCCCAAGUGCUACCCCAAAGUGGAUGUGUACUGGAGUCAGGGAGAUAAGCAGUUCUCUCUGGUGUGGAUGGCUAUCUGGUCCAUCCUCUGCUUCAUCUCCAGCUCAUUCACUGUCCUCACCUUCCUCAUUGACCCCCAGCGAUUUAAAUACCCCGAGAGGCCUAUCAUCUUCCUCUCCAUGUCCUACUGUGUCUACUCUGUGGGCUACCUGGUCCGUCUGUUUGUGGGAGCAGACAGUAUCGCCUGUGACCGGGACAGUGGGGUCCAGUACAUCAUCCAGGAGGGACUGGAAAGCACGGGCUGCACCAUCGUCUUCCUCAUCCUCUACUACUUCGGCAUGGCCAGCUCCCUCUGGUGGGUCAUCCUCACACUCACCUGGUUCCUGGCUGCAGGGAAGAAGUGGGGCCACGAGGCCAUCGAGGCCAACAGCAGCUAUUUCCACCUGGCGGCCUGGGCCAUCCCAGCCAUCAAGACCAUCAUGAUCCUGGUGAUGAGGAAGGUUGCCGGGGACGAGCUGACGGGAGUGUGCUACGUUGGCAGCAUGGACGUGAAAGCUCUCACAGGCUUUGUGCUCAUCCCACUCUCCUGCUACCUCAUCAUCGGCACCUCGUUCCUGCUGUCGGGUUUCGUGGCUCUGUUCCACAUCCGCAAGAUCAUGAAGACGGAGGGGGAGAACACGGAUAAACUGGAGAAGCUGAUGGUACGGAUCGGAGUGUUCUCCGUCCUCUACACUGUGCCUGCCACCUGCGUUAUCGCCUGCUACUUCUACGAGAGGCUCAACAUGGACUACUGGAGGAGCCUGGCCGUGGAGCAGAGGUGUGUUGACAGCAGCAGGAACAAUGCAGAGUCUGAAGAGUGUGGUAUGAAGAGCUCCAUCCCGGCCGUGGAGAUCUUCAUGGUUAAGAUCUUCAUGCUGUUAGUGGUGGGCAUCACGAGUGGCAUGUGGAUCUGGACCUCAAAAACACUGCAGUCAUGGCAGAAUGUGUUUAGCAGGAAGCUGAAGAAGAGGACUAGGAGGAAGGCUGCCAGUGUGUUUACAAGCAGUGGGCCUUACAUCAAGCCUCACCCAGCACUGAAAGCGCACAACACAAAGUAUGAGCCUACCAGGCCCCCUCCUACAUGCGUAUGAGCUGGCGCUCCCACAGACAGUCUGCGAAACCAAAAUCCUUCUAAAGCCCUUACCUAAAACAGACUUAUUUUGUUCAUAUUUAUUUUAAGUAUUUUUUUGUUAUCUUGAUCCAUCUCAAGCUACAAGGACAGCCUUUGUUUCAAAUAUCUGCUACUCCUGGAACCACUUAUCCAUUUAAGAACAUGAUAGAGGAAAAACACUUUUUGUUUACAAGACAAAGAAAUUGGAAUAAACCAUUUGGAUGUGCAAUAGAUGUUUUCCUUAGUGGCAAAAAAAAGACAGUACUGUAGAAAAAGAUGAAAGACAAUGAAAAGACUCUGACAAAAGGGAGUGAAUGGUCUGGGAGAUGGAGACCCUUUAGUGUUGCGUUGUGUGGCUUUUUAAUGGAAAUCAAGGCAGUGCCACAUGUUUGGACUGAAGUGAGAAAGCAGCUGUUGAAAGGGGCUCAGGAUUGCAUGGACUGCCUAAUGUGACGCAAAAUCACGCCACAAAUAAAUCAACAAGCACUGGACAUCGCAAAAGUGACUAUUUGUACAGACAGUUUUCCUGUUGUUGUAUCUUUGCUGUUUUAUAGCACAAGGGAGCAUUUGUAUAUAUUUCUUGAAGUUCAUAUUUUAUAAAAAAAAUAAUAAUAAUAAAACAUUCCAGUUUUAAAUGUCCAAAACUGGAACUGUAUAUUA